CGACGGAAUGAAAUUUCAUGGCAAUGCGUAUAGCAUGUGAUACGACCCACCACACCUUCGGGCAACCAACUACACACUCGCACAUCGAUUUGCGAUCCCCGGGACACGAGAUCAUGCCUAGAUUCCAUCCACAGUCUAUUGGAGAGUCCAUUUCCAAACACACAUUUCGUCAGCUCAAAUUCAUCAUUCCUGGCGCCAUCAUCACAUACGCCUUUGACACUCACCACGUCGUUCUUGACUUGUCGACCCACUCAGAACCGAGCAAUAUGGCAAGAUUAUCUGCCUUGCUUUCUCUCGCUCUUGGGUCAUUCGUCAUCGGGUUGUUCCUAUACGUGUUAUUUGUACCCUGGAUACAGGGCAUCGAACUGAACUAUCGUUUAUGGCGCCAAUCACCCGUUUUAUCUUCUGUCAUUCCCGUACUUACCGCCUCUAUCCUUGCCGGGUGGUCCUUACUCUCUAUCACUCUCGGAAAAUGGUCGAAACUCGGAUACAUCGAAGGAGUCAUCGGAGCGUCUGGUCUGUACGCUCUGACAUUUGGCCUAAUUGGCUUACUUCCAGCGCCCAAAAUUCAUCGAGCGUGAUGCUUCCUUCAACUCGCUAGUCCUCUUUUGUUCACCUGCUUUCCCAGACGAUGUGCUGCUGCUGCUCAAUGCUGCUUUAAUUUCCGUUGGAUAUGUAAUCGAUAUACGCACGUAAUCCUGGACUUGCUCCAUCUUGAUAUCACUUUCUGCUGUCGGUCUUCAAACACUACUGUUCGAAUAGGCACUCCUAAUGUGUUUCUAAAUAUAUAUUCUCCCCGUUCGAAGGGCAGUGGGAAGGACUUACCGAGGAUAAUCCAUCGACCCAG